AUGUUGGCUGCAGGGACUGACUGCACAGUGAUGUUCGAGCAGUACCAUCUGCGCAGCCAGGCAGCCUUAGACAAAGUCGCAGGCUGCAAGGUCGCCGCUCUCAAGGGCAAGUCUCCCGCCAUGGGCCCCAUGUUCAUUGAGCUCCAACGUCGCGUUGCAGAAAGACUGAGCGGAGAACCAAAGCGGCCUCGCAGCGUGCAAGUUUUGUUCCUUUUGGAUGUGAUAGCAGCUGUGCUUGCGCUGUGCUGGUCAGUCCGUGCAAGUGCUACCACACCGACUUGGCAACUUCUUUCAGCUCCACUCGCCAUUCAGCUCCUGUUAUUGCGACUAUUCGGACAGGCGCAUGCCCUCGGCCACAUGCAGAUCUGGCCCGCACCGACAGUGACAUUUUGGCGACGCUUGCUGACAGCGAUUGGGAGUCCUGGCAUCGGCCUGGCGACGGUCCCGGAGUCCAGCGAAAACCCGCGCAAGAUGCUGAACGAAGCGCACGUUGCGGCGCAGUUCGAGUUCCCAGAUGGGCGUGGACCGUGCGAGCACCAGUCCGUUCACCACGUUCGCGGUGCCGAGCUUGAGCACGACCAGUGCUACAAGGUCUGUUCAAUGGGCGGGCUGUUGAGGAUCGGCGGGCGCCAGACCUACCUGACGGUGAACACAUUCCAGCGUUUUCGAUGGUACCAGAUUUUGGCUGGCGUGUUUUCGGAUUGCAUGUUGCCUGCCGUGGCCGUCAUCGAGCGCGUCGCCUUUCUCUCGCACUCUUGGGUACCGCAAGCCCAUUGGGUCGAGAUCGGGGUUUGCACGUUGGGGAUUCUCGCGUCAUGCGCGUUUCUCAGGGCAUCCUUGCUGCUGUUCGCGAAAGGCAUGGGAGGAGUGUGCUGCUUCGCAUGCGCGCAGUUUCUCAAGCAGCACCUUGUUGCAUCCAAUGCCGAGCUUUUUUUCGCACAGCACGUGUGGGACCGCGAAGUUGGCGAAGAAGAGGUGAACCAGGAUUGGGGCAAACACAACGCUGAGACGUCGGUGUCUCUGAGGGGCAUGGAGAGCCAUCCCGCGUGCUGGGGAAUGCCGUGGAUGGCAGGAGCCAAUCCGUCAACUCUGACGUAUCAUCUCGAACACACGUUGUUCCCUGGCGUGGCCUAUGCGAACUUGCCCAAGAUCGCAAGGAUCGUGGAGACCACUUGCGCCGAGUUCGGCGUCGGGUGCGACGUGCUGGUCGGCGGAUCGAAGUUGCGUCGGAGAUGGACGACUAAGCUCACCCACUACGCCACUGAUCAGACGAAGGCUGUGGGCAUUUCGAGUAUUGUAGACGCCGCUCGAGAGUUGUUUCAAUUUGUGUUUAUGCUGCUCACAGGCGGUUCGGCUGGGCGGGUGGGCUCGCGCGCAGGUGGAGGCUGCCCCGCUUGGAAGCUUGCCAGGACGUCGGGCUCUCUCCCAGAUGUUCCCGAAGAGCCCCUCGGGAACCUCGGAGUGACGGUGAAGGCCGGUGAUUUGCAUGGGCAUCCCAUGGGCCUCGCCAGGACGGCGGGCAACGGCGGCGCGGGCGGCGGCAGCAAGGCGGGCUGGGUCAGUGCCGACCGCGCGCGCGGCCCCGCGCGGCCGCCCUGGUCGAGGACGCGCGCCGCGGCGGCCAGGGCACGCGGACCCCGCAGCGGGGCCGAGGCAGGCACGCGGCUGGAGGUCAAGGCCUUGCAGCGCGAGAUCGGCGGCAUCAAGAAGGAGAGCAUGGCGCUGCAGCGCUCGACGCCGAGGGGCGGCGCGGGCGCGGAGGAGGCGCGCGGCAGUGACAAGGUGGCCGUGCUGCGGGGCAUCGUCGCGAAGCAGGAGGCCAUGGGCAGCUCGAGUGUCCUCCUGGCAUCCUACCGCAGCGAGCUGGCCGAGCUGGACAAGCGCUGCGUAGCGAAGCAGGGGCAGGUGUCCGCGCGGAAGGAGGCCCUCGCCUGCGCCGAGAAGGAGCUCGAGGAGGUGUUGGCCGAGCGUGCAGCCCUCGGCGCGGAGCGCGCCAAGGUCGCCGCGGCCCACCUGGCGGAGAUCGCGACCAAGGCCGCAUCGCCUGCCGAGCGAGGGCGGCUCGCCUUAGGCUUCCUUGGCAACCUCCAGGCCGCGGCGAGGCCGCUACCGUCGCCGCUGCACCAAAGCCGAGCGGCGCAGGGGGGCGGCACCUGCGUGAAGCCAGUCGAGGGCGAUGGAGUCGGCCUUGGUUGCGGAUCCGGGGCGGCCGUCCGCCAAGGCAAGAGGCCACCGCCACAGUGCCAGAGGCCCCCCGCGGCCCGCGCGGCGCUCGAGGGUGGCUCCGCGGGGGCAGGCCCUCGCGGCGAGGGCGGCUGCCGCCCUAGCCGCCCCGAGGGCGCGGCCCCGAGGCGGCCAGCCUGGCAGCGGCGCGCUCGCCCCAGGCGCAAGGACACCUUCGAGAUCAUGACGGUCAACGGGUCUGCAUGGGGCCCGCUCACCCAGCUCUGGCAGGAGAAGAAGGCUGGCGCUGGGUUCGUGGAGAGCCACCGUGCGGACGCGUGGCUCGUCCAGGAGACGCACCUCCACGCGCGCGACAUCAGCGUCCAGGAGGCGUGGUGCAGAUGCGCAGGGGUGAAAGCCGCCUUGGCGUCUGGCGCAGCUGGCACCGGCGGCGCAGGGGGCGCCCGCGCGGCCUCGGGCGGCGUCGGUGUCGCCGCACCCGCCACGCACGGCUUGGCCAACGCCAGCACGGCGGGCGGCGGCCGCGUGACCUGCAGCGACGGGCGCGGCAUCGUCGCGGCGACGGGCGCAGCCCGCCGUGGCGGCCUCGCCCUCGGCAGCAUCUACCUGGCCAACGACAUGCGCAGGCCGCGGGUUCUCGGCGGCGACUUCAGCGCCGCGCCCGACGUCCUCAAGGCGAAGGCGGGCUGGCGGCUGGAGGCGGUGCAGGGCGCAGUCGCGCAGUCGGCCGAGGGCGAAACUUGUUUCCAGGCCGCCGCGCCCACCUACCUCGACUGCCCCGUCGCGCACCGCAGCCUGGCGGAGGCCGGGAGGCGCUGCAGCGCGGUCACCCCUGGGCCAUUCAGGCCCCACUGCGCCGUCAAGCUCGCGCUGAACGCGCGCAUGGAGAUCGCGCCCGCGCGGGUCCUGAGGCAGCCGAAGCCGUUCCCCAGGGAGCUGCCCGUCGGCCCGCGGCGCGAGGCCGCCCCGCCGUCUGCCGACCUGCAGGCGCUGGCGGCCGCGGCGAUCUCCUCCCCAGCAGCGAUGGAGGAGGCCGGCCUCGGGGCCAUGCGCCAGGCCGAGGCAGAGCUGUGCCGCGCGUUCCACGUCGACGACCCGCUGGACGCGCAGGCGCACAGCGGGCGCUGCCAGGGGCCCGAGGAGCGCUGGGCGCGCCCUGCACACGACCUCCCGCAGAUCUCGGGCGGGCCCAAGUCGAGCGGGCAGGCGCGGCACCUCCUCGCCGUGGCCGACUACCUGGACGACGCCGCGCAGCGGCGCGCGCCCGCGCGGGCGGCCAAGUGCCGCGGCGCCCGUUGGGUGGCCGCGCUGGAGGCCGCGGCCGUCGCGACUGCCGACGAGCUGGCGGCGCUGGCCUCGAAGCCCGCCACGGGGCCGCCGAGCGGGCCGCUCAGCACGGAGGACGAGCUGGACACGCUGUGCGCCCCGAGAGCGGGCCAGCGCGAGGUGGGCGCCAUCGACGGGCAUUGGGCGACCGAGGUCUGGAGCGCGGCCGACGGCUCAGACGGGUGGCAGGACUUCGAGAGGCAGUCGGGCUCGGAGGCAUCCACGGCCACGGCCGAGCUUUUCGUAGACAUCGGCAUGGCGGCCGAGGAGCGGGGCGGCUGGCCGCUGGCGGCGCGGGCGUGGCUCAUCGCGAUGCUGCCCGAGCCCGCGGGCGGCUGGCGGCCCAUCGGACUGCUCUCCAGCAUCCCACGGAUCUGCAACAGGCUCAGACAGGCGCUGGCCGCCGAGGCGGCAGGGGCACAGCAGCUUCACGGAGCCGCGCUGCUGAUCGACCUCGAGAAGGCACACGAGACGGCGCGGCUGGCCCGCGCCGAGCGCCUGGCCCGCCGAGCUGGCCUGCACGGCCGAUUGGUCCGCUGCGCCACGUCGACCUACCGCGAGCGCCGACGCAUUCGGGUGGGCACCGUCGUCGCCGAGGCGCGCACGCUGGAUGCGGGCCUGCUGGCUGGGUGCGCGCGCGCGGGGAGGGCCCCGAAGGCGGCGAUGCUACCGGUGGCGAAGGCGCACUCCGAAGAGUUUGGCGCCUGCAGCAGCGGCGAGCUGAAGUCCGACAUGUGCAUCUUCUACGACGACGCGACUGUGGCCUGCUACGGGCGCGCCCCGAGGGCGAUCGCGAAGCACCCGGUGGAGGCGGGGCUCGCGGCGGCGGCGGGUCUGGCCGCGCUCGGCUGCAGGAUCUCGGGGGCCAAGACGGAGGCGGCGGCCUCCGACCCGCUGGCGCGAGACAAGGUCCAGGCGGCGCUGAAGCCCGGCAACCUGAGCGCCAGGCCGACGAAAGUCACGAAGAACCUGGGCGUGGACUUCUGCCUGGACGGCUCGGCCGCGGCGGCGGCGGCGGCGAGGUGGGCUUCGCUGGCCGCCGCCCCCUGGCGCGACCCCUGGUGCUCGCAGGCCGAGCAGGCGCUUCCGGCCCGGGGUCGCGGGCUCGCGCGGGACCACCCCGACGCCACCAACGACGACAUGCCCUGGGCGCGGAGGCACGCCGUGCGGGCUCGCCUCGAGCAGGGGCGCGGCGCCCUGGCGGGGCGCGGCCCCGCGGCGGCGGCGCUGCUCGCGCUCGAGCGGCUCGGACGGAGCUCAACGGCAAUGCACCGAUGGACCGCGGACGACGGGGCGCCGCCGAAGCUCGAGGAGAUCGGCGGCCACACGCUGCGCAGGCACAUCCGCGACUCACACCAGCGCCGGCUCUGGCGCGAAGCCGCAGCUCGCGCCGAGGACUUCGGGCGCGCGGCCAGCGGCGCAGCUGCCAGCGGCCUCCGUCGGCGGAUGCUCGCAGCCAAGGCGAACACCGAGCAGCGGGCGCGGCGGUCCAGCGCACGCAACGCUGCCCUCGGCGGGCUCAGGCCCGCGGCCCGCCGAACCGCCCUCGACCCGCCACCGCGCCGCUCGGACGCCUGCCCCGCGGGGCGCGGCUGCCGCGGCACGGCGCGGCACCUCGCCUGGCGGUGCCCCGCCCUCGCGGCGGCGAGGCGCGACGCCAUCGCGGGCGACGAGACGCUGCAGGCGUUCGCCGACGUGGCCGAGGCGCCCGACAGCGAGGACCCCCGCUGCUCGAGGGCCCUGAUCCCCGACCAGAUGGCCGCCCUCCCGCCGCCGCUGGAGACCGAGGUGCGCGCUGGCCGGGGGCUCGCGGCGCCGCAGGCCCGCGGCGCUGCGCGUGGCGCCCGGGGCUGCGUCCCCGCCCACCUGCCGCAGGACGCCAGCGCGGGCGAGAUCCUGGCUGCGACCCGCGCCCUGCGCUGGGGUAUGCCAGGCGCGGACGGACCCCCCUUGAUCAGGACGGGCUGCGAGCUGCUCGUGACGGGGUUCGCCGCGGGCAGGGCCUGGCGCUGCGCGCAGGACCGCCCGCGCCUGGAGGCGCGGCGCGAGUUCUGGCAGGCCGUGGAGGGCUUCGGCGGCCAGCGCCUCGCGCGGGUCACCAAGGUGAAGGGGCGCGCUGGGCUCCGCUCGGUCCGCGACGGCCACGCAAUGCCAGACGACUACGAGGGCAACCGCGCCGCGGACAGCUCCGCCAAGAAGGGCGCGGAGCUCCACCCCACGCGCGAGGCGGCGGCGAGCUCCGAGAUGCGCAUUGCGAUCUAUGCAGAGGAUGACUCCGCGGCUACGUGCCUGCACAAGCUCGCCGGCAGGCACGACGUCGAGGUGCUCGGCCUCAUCGCCUCGGGCGUUCCAUGCCCCAGCUUCGCCUCCCGGUGCGUGGAGUUUGGAUUCGGGCUCGCGAGCCUGAGCAGCACAGAAGCUGCUGCCAAGGUGCUGGAGAGCUUCAAGGCGGACGCGAUCAUGUGCCUGCCAGACCUAGGGGCGGAGCUGCCCGCCAUGUUCGCGGGACUGCCGGCCGAGGGCGGCGCGAAGAAGUACGCCGUGCGCGCGGGGGUCGCCAUGCGCGGCGCUCCGUGGCCCGAGUUCGGGCCCAUCUGGCUCGGCCACGCCGCCAGCGCCGUGCGCCUCGUGCCCGUCCUCCCGCGCGCGGCCGCGGGCGCCGGCGCCGCAGUCUCGGUGCCGCUGGGGCCCGGCGAGACGGCCCUCACGCUGCGCGCCAAGCACAUGGAGGCCACG